AUGCCGGUAGCAACUGCUCCCCAGCUAUACGCCACACUAGGCUUCACUCUUCCGCCGGCUCGUAUGGACCACGACGAGUCUAUCUAUCUUACUUGGGAAGAGGGACGAACCAAGCCGCUCGAACGGUUGCGCAUCCCCGUCAGUAAUCUCCGAGGGGAGCUGGACAUGCCAGAACAGGAGAGAGUGGAUCCAAAGGAGCAGCUUGGAAAGAGAGGGUUUGCUGUCCUGAAACAUGAGAGUGCUAGCUUGGGAGGUCUCGGGACGGAGGAAGGGACUGCAAAGUAUCUUGACGAGACCGCCGACCUUCUCAAACGUAUCCUCGGCUGCGAUAAAGUCAUAGCAUGGAACAGCGUCGUCCGAAAGAACACCACCGACACCAAAGAGAAGAUCAUCAACAAACAGCAAGCGCCCGAGAAAGGCUUCGUCCCGACGUCGAGGGUACAGCCGACAGCUGGUGUGGCGCACGUUGACCAAAAUGCAGAGUGGGGUUUCGAAUUGUGCGGGAAAGCCAUCGGCAAACCUGCUGGUGAAUUCAAGCGCGUACAGAUCAUCAAUCUCUGGCGCCCCGUGACAAACGCCCCUCUUUUCAUGCUUGACCCCACCACCCUCUCCCCGCAAGAUCUUGGCACCCACGCCUCCCAAUUCGGCUCCGGCUACGACAUCCACCACUCUCCCUCCCAGCGCUGGGCCUACAUCCGACAUCAAAUGGCGGAUGAAGCGAUCUUGUUGAAGUGUUAUGAUACGGAUCAAGGGAAGGGCGGUGAGGUGCUUUGGUGUGCCCAUGGGGCGGGGACGGUUGAUGGGGAUGGUCUCGCUAAGGAAGGGGAAGAGGAGAGGCCAAGGGAGAGUGUUGAGGUUAGGCUGGUGGCUGUUUGGGAGUAA